AUGUUAUCCGAGUUCAAAAUUCAAUUACUAGCGUGCUGGGUGCUCGUGAGCGCACUUCCGGUUGUUUUGUGCCAGACGCAGUGUUCCAUCAAAGUACCCGUGCCGAAUCUUGGCUUCUGUGACGCCGUUGGUGCCCUGGAGGAGCAUGUGGACGGCGAUGUGUACGAGACGCGGGGCCGCGUACUAGGGCUCAUGGACUAUCAGCUCGACUCGUUCAUUUUGUUUGACCAACAGUUCAAGUCCAUUAUAAACGAGUCUUCUACGUCUGAGGCAAAUGUGAAAGAUAUUGAAGAAGAAAUUGAUACACUUAAGAGAAGUCUUAAAACGUUAGAAAUACUGCACAGCGAAGCGGAGGACGAGGAGUCUAUUUCAGAUGAGAGCGUGUUCAGGGUAAGGAGAGCGGCGAAUCAACUUCCUUCCGUGCAACAACAACAGGUAGAUGCCGCACAGGCGUCAUUUGCCCAGGCGCUUGCAUCCGUGCUCUUGCAGAUCCAGACGGCUGACCGGACGUUGGCAGCCAAAGUCCAGAACGACACAGCGUACCAUGUCCGCCUACAGCAGGAACUUACAGCCAAUGAGCAGGAUAUUUCUUCACUGGAAAAGAAGCUGAACACACUUGAGGCGGCUGUUAAACAGGCGUUAGCGGCUGCAACCAAGGGAAAUGGCGGCGUGAGCUUGGCGGCGGUGCGACAGGAAGUGACAGACCUCGUCAUCAACGCGUCCGUGGCAGAACAAGUAGCACAGCGACAGCUGAACCUUCUGGAUCAAACGCUUACGCGGGCGACCGUAGACGAGGCGGCGGUGGAUUCGGCUUUAGUGGGCGUCAAGGCGGACAUGGCUAACCUCACCGGCACCCUCGGAACCACGGAAACUGAAAUACAGAAUCUAGACGCUGGGCGGAAGAUCGUGGUUGGUCAGGUAUCCGGGCAGAUCACUCAGAUGAAAACUGACCUCACACAGGCACACACAGACGCCGCAAACGCCGCCAACAACCUCGGAACGGCGGGAGAUCGACUGUUCAACAUGACCAUUGGACUUCCGGUGUAUGAGGGAAAUCUCCACAAUGAAGAACAAAAACUCAAGGGCCUAGAAAGCUUGGUCACUUUUUCCAAGAAAACGCAGCAGAGCCAAAUUGUGGAAAUUCUGCUACAGAAGAAAAACAUAUCAGACGACAUUCUUCUCAUGCAGUAUGCGUUUGGAGUCACCAACAAGAUCCCGUAG